AUGCAGUUUCAGGUAUUUUGUAAGACUUAGGUGCAGAGAUAACCAUAGGAGUAUGCGUUUUAUAAAAUUUUGGCUUUAAAGAUUUGCAAUCAACUCAUAACUCAUGACAGAGUAUUAAAAGAUAAAAAUUGGGUUAAUUUAAAGCAAAUGACUUAAUUCCAGUUGAUUUUGUUGAAAUUAAAUUCGGAUAUUGAAUUCCAGCAGGUUUAAGAUAGGUAGAUUUUAAAAAUAUUACAAUUAAAAAAAAUCAGAUAAUAUGAUAGUCAAUCCUCACAGGGAUAGUGAAUCCUGUUAAUAAGACAUCUGAUCCAAUGAUUAAGAUAAUUACAACUUCAUAUUUUCAGAAACAUUAAUAUCUAAUGAUAAAUCCAUUGGUAUUUUUUGCAUAACAGGAAUGAGAAGAUAUUUGGAAAUGUUUAAAGGGAAAUUUAAGAUGCAAAUAAGGGAAAUAAAAGAUGAUGAUGAUCCUUUUUAAAAAGAUAAUCCUGUUCAUGGAUAAACUAUUAUUUGA